GCGUCACGUGAGCGGGCGGGGGUCAGGGCCGUGCCCGGGGAGCGGCUCCGUCCCGGUCCCGUCCGUCCCGUCUGUCCCGAGCGUUCCCGCCGCCGCUCCUGCCCCACCGGCCGCAAUGAGGGCGCUCGCCCCGCACUGGGCGGCUCUGGCCGUGCGGGCGGCGGGCGGACGGUGGGCGCCGCCCGUCCCCCCUCGCCGCGGGCGCAGCGGCCCCGGCCCGCCCGGGCCGCGGGAGUGGGCGCUGCCCGUGAGCCCGCGGGGCCGGCUGCGGGUGCGGCUGCCGUGCCAGGUGACCGUCCGCCCGCUGGACCCGCAGCGCUGGCCGGGCGCGGACCGCGUGCUCGUGGCCGUGAGCGGCGGGAGCCCCGCGCCCCGCGGGCGGGAGCGGCAGCGGGAGCCCGUGCGGGUGGAGCACGACGAGGCGCUGGGGCAGGUGGCGAUCGUGGCGGACGACGUGGACAGCAAGGCCGCCGUGGACGUGCGGACGCCGGUGAAGUUCGAUUUGGAUAUCAAAACAUCAGGGACUGGCUGCGUGAAGAUUCAGAAAAUAGAAUGUGACAACUGCAGAAUAGAAACGGAGAAGGGGACUAGUGUCUUGCAGUCAAUAAAGAGCCAUAAAAUUGAUAUACGGACAAAUGGUGGCAAAGUCAUUGGUCUUGGAACACUUUAUGGAAAUACAGAUAUUUGUGCAACAGAGAAGGGGAGUGUGAAUAUAGAGAAGCUGCAAGGGACAACCAUCAACAUAUCUACUGAAGAUGGGCUGCUGAAAACUAAGUAUCUCUAUGCAGAAUCAUCAUCUCUCUCUUCAGUAACUGGUGAUAUUAUGCUGGGAAGUGUUCAUGGUAACACCACCCUUGAGACCAAAACAGGGAGUAUCACAGUAGAUUCUUCAGAUGGAAGUCUAAAAGCUUCUACGUAUCAUGGGACAAUAGAUGUUUAUGUCAGUCAAUUAAGAAAAGUGGAUCUGAAAUCCCAGAAAGGUUCAAUUACAGUCAAGGUGCCUGCCUCUCUCAAAGCCUAUUUAGAGUUGUCUGGAAGAAAAGUGGAUGUGAACUCAGAGAUCCAGUUAAAAGAAACACAGAGAGCCUCCAAAGACGAUCACGUAACUAUAAGUGGUCACAUGAAUCAAAAGGAUGAAACAGACAAAUGGAUUAAGGCUGAGACACAAAAUGGCAAAGUAUAUCUCAAAAGCCAAAGCUGGAUCCAGUCUGUCAAGCUGAAGAGUUCUUAAAGGGGAAAUAGGCCAAAGAGAUUAAAUCAAGAAAUUGUAAAGGAACACUUAUAUGAAAUUAUGAAACUUUGUUGAUGUAUAUUCUUAAUAUAAGAGAGAAAGGAUAUUAAAAAUGAGGACGUUUUAACCCAAGAUUUGCCUGUGACAGUGCUGGUGCUAAACAGGUCUGGUUUACUUUUAGUGCCUUUUAUGAACAAGAGGAUCUUAUAUAUUCAGAAUUUAUAUAACUUGACCCAGUUUAAAAGCUGGUAGGUUUCAAACAAAAGUUUGGAAUUGUCAUUUAAAAACAAAAA